UUGGCAUCUAUUUCUAGAGAGAGAGAGAGAGAGAGAGAGAGAGAGAGAGAGAGAGGAGGGAGGGAAGAGCAGGUGGGUGGCGGCCGGUAAUGGAUGUGAGGAGAAUAGUGGUAGUAGUUGAAGACGUGGAAGCAGCAAGAACAGCUCUUCGAUGGGCACUCCACAACCUGGUUAGGUUUGGAGACUGGAUAACUCUGGUUCAUGUUUUUCCAACCUCAAGAUCCAGAAACAAGAACAAAUCCAGGCUUCUCCGCUUGAAAGGCUUCCAGUUGACCCUCUCCUUCAAAGAAAUCUGCAACACCUUCCCCAACACCAAGGUUGAAAUGAUUGUCGCAGAAGGUGAUCAAGAUGGGAAGAAGAUUGCAGCUUUGGUCAGAGAGAUUGGGGCUUCAGCUCUUGUUCUUGGACUCCAUGAUCACAGCUUUCUCUACAGGUUGGCAAUGUCCCACAGCAGUACUAGUGUUGCAAACAACUUGAAUUGCAGAGUUCUGGCCAUCAAGCAACCACCACCUCCCUCAUCACCAUUAAGUAGUAAGAGGACAAGUAGUAGUAAUACCAGUGGAGCUGCCACACCAGCCCUCCUCGACAGUUCAACCAACAACAUGGACUUUUCACAGAUUGACAUUGCUGGAUUACAUGUCCCUGAUGUUCCUCAACCAAAAGUUCCAUACAGAAUCUGCCCAAACCCUUAUGCAAUCUUUUGGAAAUCAAGGAAGUCAAGGAGAAAGAGAAAUACAUAGUUCUUCAAAGGAAGCACAAAUAUAUGUACACAUUUCAUUUCAAAUGCACAGCAGCAGGUUCAGCUGAUUAAGCGAUUUUGGGCACAACACAAUUGGGCAUGGCAUGGAUUUUCCAACCUCGAAAAUGUCCGAUUUUGCAAUUUUUUCUUGAAUUCGAAAACAUGAUGGAGACUUACAUGCACUCGUCGGGAUGUCACAGUGGAGUCUCGAGAGGUGCAUGUAAGUUUUUCCCCACCAACUGACCGACAUAUACAAAUUUACAAACGAAUUAGUUUUAAUUGCAGCUGACAUGAUCUAUGAAGCAAAAUUUUAUGGGUUUUAGAAAAUCUAUUAACGUCAUUUUUCUUGUAAUUAUAAGGAUUGUAAUUAUUGUCUACAUCCCUUUCAUUUACAUUGCAUGGGCAAGUGGGCAACCCGCGGUAGUACCUAAAGCUAGCCUCUCAUUAAAUCAAGUUCAAGUAUUUGGUAAAUCCACUUCACCAAUUUCAGUGAUAUGUAUUAAUACAUACCUA